AUGAUAGGAAAUAAGAAGGAAGAAAAAUAUUUUGUUCAUGUGAAUAGUCAGCCCAUUCAAAAGAUCUCUUGUCCCUCUGAGGACCCUAACUGCACCAAAACUGUGGAGUCCUUCAACACCUGGAAUGACUUGGAAGCCAAUGCCUACACACUGACGGAGCUGCUGCUUAGAGCCCCAACAAUGACAGUGCAAGAUGUGCCUGGUGCCUUUCCUACAGUGGAUGUCCCAGACCAUGCCCACUAUACAAUUGGAGUAGUUGUUCUUAUUGUGGGAAUCACAGGAACUCUGGGUAAUUUCCUGGUCAUCUAUGCUUUCUGCAGGAGUAGGAGCCUUCAGACUCCAGCCAACAUAUUCAUCAUCAAUCUAGCUAUUAGUGACUUCCUGAUGUCCAUUACACAGUCUCCAGUUUUUUUCACCAACAGCUUCCACAAACGCUGGAUUUUUGGUGAGAAAGGCUGUGAGCUGUAUGCCUUCUGCGGAGCUCUUUUUGGCAUUACAUCUAUGAUCACUUUGAUGGUGAUUGCCUUGGACAGAUAUUUUGUCAUCACAAAACCUCUGGCUUCUGUUGGAGUGAUGUCUAAGAAGAAGGCCCUAAUAAUCCUGGUAGGAGUCUGGCUGUACUCUUUGGCUUGGAGCCUCCCACCUUUCUUUGGAUGGAGUGCAUAUAUUCCUGAGGGUCUAAUGACUUCCUGUUCCUGGGACUACAUGACUUUGACACCAUCAGUCCGUGCAUACACAAUGCUGCUUUUCUGCUUUGUCUUUUUCAUUCCUUUGAUUGCUAUCAUAUACAGCUAUGUCUUUAUAUUUGAGGCUAUCAAGAAGGCCAACAAGUCUAUUCAAGCUUUUGGAUGCAAACAUGGAAAUAAAGAGUUCCAGAAACAGUAUCAGAGGAUGAAAAAUGAGUGGAAGAUGGCCAAAAUAGCACUGAUUGUCAUCUUGCUUUAUGUCAUUUCGUGGUCACCAUACUCUGUUGUUGCUCUGGUAGCUUUUGCUGGGUAUUCUCAUGUCCUAACACCUUUCACAAACUCCAUACCAGCUGUGAUUGCCAAAGCUUCUGUCAUCCAUAACCCCAUCAUUUAUGCCAUCAUUCACCCCAAAUACAGAACAGCCAUUGCAACAUAUGUUCCUUGUCUUGGAUCCCUGCUGAGAGUUUCUCCUAAAGACUCACAGUCUUUCAGCAGUUAUCCCUCCUCCAGACGAGCGACCGUAACCAGCCAGUCUUCUGAGAUAAGUGGGCCGCAGAAAGGAAAAAGGCGACUGUCUUCUCUCUCUGACAGUGAAUCAGGCUGUAUUGACACAGAAACUGAUACCCCCAGUAUGCUCAGACUUGCUAGCAGACAGAUUUCCUACAAAAUGGGUAAAGGCACAACUCAAACUAGUGACAUAAGAACCAAACCUAAACUGAAGAGCCUUGAUUCUGGGAUUUGUGAGAAGACAGCUGUAGAUUCUGAUGACAUAUCCAUGGUGGAGCUGAAUGUCACAGAGUACACUCCUACACCUGCUAGAGCUGAAAGCCUGAAUGGUAUUGGACAAAGAAAAAAACAGUCUCACUCUGGACCACCUGCAGCCCAGAUACCCAGCAUCACAAUAACAUACAGCAAUGCCCAAGGCGUAGAGCUUCCUUCUGGAUACCACUCUGGUUUCCUGUACCCUAAGAUCAACAGCAACAAGCAAGACAAGAAGUCCAACAGCCUAGUGAGUCGUGCAAGCAAGAAUGCCACCUUAGCCAAUACCUCUAGAACAACUACAGACCAGCUGAAUCCAGAAUACCUUCCUACAUUGCUCUGAAAUGCUCCUGCAAAGGCACACUACAAGACAAGCAAGGAUAAAAGCAAGAGAAGUAAGCUUUUCAGCAUCAGAACUUUCUCCAGUGGUUCACUUUUUGAUCUGAGUCACACUGUAAUUUUAUUAUUUCUUUUUUUGUGCAGCUCAUGAAACAAUUUCACUUGGAUUUUACUGUGCUCAGGUAUAUCCCACCACUGCAUGGGUCUUAACCCGUAAACCUCCUAGGAUUAACUAGAGGGGAAAGGGAAAUAUGAGAUUUGAAACUGGCCAUUGUUCACCUCGUGUAGUUUAACUUCAAAGCUACUACAGAGCUAAAGCUGAGAGGUUUGGGAAAAAAUGUACAUUACUUCUUGAAGAUGGUUUCUUCAUUAUUGUGAAGUUCCUCAAUCAAAUGAAAACUUGAACACACAGUCAGUGCUCCCUUCUAUAAUCAAUGACAUACUUUCCCUCAUUUUCUUCUACAAUCCAAUUGAAAGGCAAUGCACUUGAGCAGUAAUUUGAAGUCUCAGAUCUUGAAUUUAAUUUCGGAGAUUCUGGGGAAAGAGAAAGGAGUAACACUGAGGACGGUGCUAUGGUUCUUGCCAUACUUGGCUUCUUUUUCCAAAAGUGACUUAAGGGACCAGUUUAACCCACUCUUAGCUAACCUCCCCAGAGCCAUGAGAAAGUAUUAGGAAACUCCUUCCAACUUUCCUUUAGCAGGUUUCAUGAGAAGAGUGCAGAAUUCAAAGCAAUUUUUGUACUGAAAUGUCUUAUGGGUAAGUCAAUACAUCUGCCUUCUAAUACUUCAAAGUGGUUUACCUUUAGACAUGCUUUCUGGAAAUGAAUCUUGAGAGAAUAAGGGUUAGUUGCCUAAAAAUAAUUGUUCUAGAGAUGGGUGGAACCCACACCAUGCCCACUUCAGCACUUUCAUUUUUCCCUUCUCUAAACAGCAGUAUUCUUAUAGCUGAGUUUCUUCCCCACAGUGACUUUGUUUGUGAGUUUGUACUUAUUUCCUCUGAAAGCAAAAGAGAAGAAUUCUGUGAAACAGUGAUUUUCUGCUUCUCCCCAGUGCUCCUUCUAGUGCAUGAGAAUAAAUGGACAAAAUUCAUUUGCAAUCCAUAGCAGUGUACAUCACAAGACUUAUGAGGUACAGCUAGUCCACAGUGGGGAUAUAUAACUUCUGAGCCAAAAAGCACAGGGCACAAAGAGCUAUUGAAACAGCUCUUCCCCAUGAGCCCUUUAGUAGUUAGUUCUCCCUUUGGUUACAAUAAUGGAGAGAACCCAGCAAGUCAUUUUGCCCUAAGUAAAUCAGUUCUUCCUAUGUCACAUCAGAAAAAGCCGUAAGAUCAAUAAAAGGGUAACCACCUUAUUCCUUUGAGGAGAAAAAAAAGUAACCAGUGGGUUCUAGAAGAUCUGGGACAUUGUUUUGAAGGAAGGUUUUGGAAAUUUACUUCAAACAGAGGUUUAUUAAAAGCAAGGUUAUUAAAACUAAAAAUGGAGGUGAUAAUGACUUCUGCAGCAGCUGAAUGUUAGAUCAGGAAAAAGUGGGACAUUCGGGCUGGUAAUAAACUGCCAAAAGAAACAAACUGUUCAAAAUCCAGGAUGCUUUUAUGUAAAUAAAAUCAUGGGCAUUAGAGAUGGAAAGGAGCUAUUACAGUUCCUCCCUUCACCUGCCAAAACCGGAUACUGUCUCCAGGCAGAGCACAAUAUUAAACUGAAAAUACAUACAGCUAGCAAUAGAGAGAGAAAACAUAUCAUCUUCAAACAGGAAAAAUGUUCAAAGAUAUUCAUCAAGGCUAAGGGAUUUUAUUAUAAGUUAUUGCUUGGGCAUUUACAAUUAUUUUAAAAAACAUGAAGCAUGUAAUUCUUCCCAUCUUUUUUCAUGAAGGCCAUUCACACAAGUGGAAACUGGGAAGAAAUGCUAGUGAAUGCUGUCUUUUUCAUAUGGGUCACAAAAGGCUGAACCUGUCAAGAAAAUAGGUCAAAACUCACACAUGCUCUUUCACAUGUUAAUAAGAAGUGUGUGGUAUGUGUCAUUAAGAGCUAGAUCCCUUGCUCUUGUCAUGGCUUUAUUCCCAAGUAGGAUUCUUGAAGACUAUACUCUGCACUCUUCUGCAUUCCCUUCUACUUUUAGAGAAUAUAAAAAGAAUACUUCCAUGGCUAGAAAAGCCUUAUGAAUCAACAGCAUGUUGUUCUCUACAUCCUUCAACUCCAACAUGUACUAGAGAUUAGUUUGUGUCUAUAAAAAGAACUACAGCUGUUCGUGCUUGUCUACUUACAGGAGGCUUGAAAAGCCUAUAUUAAUUAGGGAGAAUUUAUUUGGGAGCACUUCAAAACUCUUGUGUGUACUCCCAGCGUAACUAACAGCUUUGUCUUCCCUUCGCCUCUACUAAGACUGUAAAAAUCAUUCAGGGGAGAGCCUACAAAAUUCAUUUCACCUGAGUAUCUCUCCAAGUGAUUCCCACUAUAAUCCCAGUGGCAUUUGUAAUAAAUCAUUAUUAGUUCAUAUUUCAUCUCAAUUUAGCAGCUUCGUGUCCUGCAUUCUGUACUUGGCAACCAUUCUUUCUGCUUUGCUGUCUCUUUACACCGUUUAACACAGAUGACUGGAUUAAAAUAAUUUAGGAUUGAGAAGAUUCACAUUUCAGUUAGAGUCAACUGUACAGCCUGUUCUGCACUGGAAAGACUGCCUGUAGUUUGGGUAUGUUCCAGUGACUUGGGGGUGUGAAAGGACUAGGGCAAACUGAGGCGCUUCUCUUUGGCCUUUUGUACCACAGCAGCUGUUCAUAGAGCAGCCUGCUGGCAAAGGUAACAGCAAGCGAUGUUCUAAUUUAAAAGACAAGCUCUUCAUCUCCAUGGGCUUAAGCUCUAAUUGAGACUUGGGUCAACAAGUGAAAAUGUUUGAUCAUCCAAGCAAUUCUGCAAAACUGAGCAGCAACUGGUCACUAUUGGUGGUGUUGCAAAGAAGGUGCCCAAGGCCAGUGUAAAAGAAAGGCUAUUGCAGGUCAAGAUUGAAAUACUGUGUAAAGCAGCAGUCGCGAGUUGCCAGUCUUUCAAAUUUUCAUGUACUGCCAGGGAUCUUAGUCCCUAUGUUUUGCAGUUUACAGCUUCACUUUCCAUAUUUUUGGAAACUGUUACGCAUCCACCACAGGGCUAGAAAACAUCAUCAUAGCACAUGACACUGAAUAAAUUUUCA